AUCUCUACAAUAUAUUUGGCAGCACAAGAAAAAAAAUAACAUUGUUCAUUUUAAUUUUAACAAACGCAUAAAGUUAAUCAAAUGUCGUAUCAAUUAUAUCGUAAUACCACUUUGGGUAAUACUCUACAGGAGAGUCUCGACGAGCUAAUUCAGUAUGGACAAAUAACUCCCGCAUUGGCCUUCAAAGUUCUGCUGCAGUUCGAUAAAAGUAUUAACAAUGCAUUAAAUCAAAGAGUUAAGGCUCGAGUCACAUUUAAAGCGGGCAAAUUGAAUACGUAUCGUUUCUGUGACAAUGUCUGGACCCUAAUGUUAAACGAUGUGGAAUUUCGAGAAGUGCAUGAAUUUGUCAAGGUCGACAAGGUCAAAAUUGUGGCCUGUGAUGGAAAAAGUGCCGACUUCAACUGACAGCAAGAGAAACAACAACAACCGCCAACAUGCAACGUUGCAUGUUGUUCUACUCUUUAAGUUAUAAUUAUUGAUAAGCUUGAUUUAUUGAUAUUGUGGAAGUAAACCUUUAAUUCAUAAUUUA